UAUGCAAAAAUAUCUCCUAAACACCUUUUCAAAAUAAUUAAAUAUAGCUUCAUAAGCUUAUUUUAGUCAUUCUGGACAUGCAUCUAAAAAACCUCCUGUUAGAGUUGCAAUUACAGGAGCAGCUGGAUAAAUUGGUUAUUCAUUAAUAUUUAGAAUUGCAAGUGGAGAGAUGUUAGGACCAAAUCAACCAGUUAUUUUACAUUUAAUUGAUUUACCAUUUGCUAUGGCUGCUUUGAAUGGAGUGGUAAUGGAAAUUUAAGAUUGUGCUUUUCCACUUGUCAAAGGAAUUGUAGCUACAGAUAACUAAGCAAUUGGAUUCAAAAAUGUUGAUUAUGCUCUUCUUGUUGGUGCAAAACCUAGAGGUCCAGGAAUGGAAAGAGGAGAUUUAUUAAAAGACAAUGGUAAAAUAUUUACAGAAACUGGAAAGUAUAUUAAUGUAGAAUAUUUAAUAUUAAAUUAUAGGAACAUGCAAGUAGAGAUAUUAAAGUUGUAGUUGUUGGUAAUCCUUGCAAUACUAAUUGUUUAAUUUUAGCAAAUUAAAUUAAAGAUAUUCCAAAAGAAAACUUUACAGCUAUGACAAGAUUAGAUCAUAAUAGAGCAUAACAUUAAUUAGCUGAUAAAUUAGGAGUUCAUACUACUGAUAUUAGAAGAAUAGCCAUAUUUGGAAAUCAUUCUCCUACUAUGGUACCUUAUAUUGAUUAAAUGACAGCAAAAAGUAAUUAAUAAAAGUUAAUAUUUAUUAGAUCAUAAAGCUUCUGUUGAUUAAUAAUGGGUAUCCUAAACAUUUAUUCCUACUGUUCAAUAAAGAGGAGCUGAAAUCAUCAAAGCUAGAAAAUUGUCCAGUGCAGCUUCAGCAGGAAAUGCUGCUAUGAAUCAUAUUACUACUUGGGUUAAUGGAACUGCUGAAGGUAAUCCAUAUUUAAUGUUAGGUGAUUUUACAUCUAUGGCCAUCCCUUCUGAUGGUAGCUAUGGAGUUCCUAAAGGUUUAAUUUUUUCAUUUCCAGUUGCUGUCAAAAAUGGAAAAUAUUCUAUUGUUUAGGGAUUACCAAUUUCACACUUCUAUUAAGGACUUCUUGAUAAAACCAUAAAAGAAUUAGUUGAUGAGAGAAAUGCAGUAGAUCAUUUGCUCAAGUGAUA